AUGGGGGCGACGCUUCUCCCAGAUCUCGGGACCGAGAUUCUGAUACCGCUGUGCGCGGUCAUUGGCAUCGCCUUCUCUGUGGUGCAGUGGAUGUUUGUCUCUCAGGUCAAGCUCUCGCCUGGUCGAGACGCCAACUCGAACGCCCCCGGCAAAAAUGGCUACAACGAUUACCUCAUCGAAGAAGAAGAAGGCGGUAAUGACCACAACGUCGUCCUCAAAUGCGCCGAAAUUCAAAACGCCAUCUCUGAAGGAGCAACCUCAUUCCUUUUCACCGAAUACAAAUACGUCGGUGGUUUCAUGGUGGCUUUUGCAGUCUUGAUUUUCGUUUUCCUUGGCUCUGUGGAGGGAUUUAGCACAAGUAGCCGUCCAUGUACAUAUGACCAAACAAAGAUAUGCAAACCAGCUCUUGCCACUGCCAUCUUUAGCACAAUUUCCUUCUUGCUUGGUGCUAUAACUUCAGUGGUUUCUGGUUUCCUUGGGAUGAAGAUUGCUACUUAUGCGAAUGCCAGAACAACAUUGGAGGCAAGAAAAGGUGUUGGGAAGGCUUUUAUUACUGCAUUCAGAUCAGGAGCUGUUAUGGGCUUUCUCCUUGCUUCAAGUGGUCUAUUGGUUCUUUACAUUGCUAUCAACGCCUUCAAGUUGUACUAUGGUGAUGACUGGGGUGGCCUUUUCGAGGCUAUAACUGGUUAUGGUCUUGGGGGAUCUUCCAUGGCUCUCUUUGGCAGGGUUGGUGGAGGCAUCUAUACCAAAGCUGCUGAUGUUGGUGCUGAUCUUGUUGGCAAGGUUGAGAGGAAUAUUCCCGAGGAUGACCCAAGGAACCCAGCUGUGAUAGCUGAUAAUGUUGGAGACAAUGUUGGGGAUAUAGCCGGCAUGGGAUCUGAUCUUUUCGGAUCCUACGCUGAGGCAUCGUGUGCUGCCCUUGUGGUCGCAUCCAUUUCCUCAUUUGGGAUCAAUCAUGAGUUAACACCAAUGCUAUAUCCUCUCAUUGUCAGUUCCGUUGGCAUCCUCGUUUGUUUGCUCACCACCCUGUGUGCAACAGAUUUCUUUGAGAUCAAGGCUGUAAAUGAAAUUGAACCAGCACUGAAGAGGCAGCUCAUCAUUUCCACUGUACUGAUGACUGUUGGAAUUGCAAUUGUUACAUGGAUUUCUGUUCCAUCUUCCUUCACGAUCUUCAAUUUUGGUACACAGAAAGUUGUGAAGAGCUGGCAGCUAUUCUUAUGUGUUGGUGUUGGUUUGUGGGCUGGGCUUAUCAUUGGUUUUGUAACAGAGUAUUAUACUAGUAAUGCGUACAGCCCUGUGCAAGAUGUUGCUGAUUCUUGUCGGACUGGAGCUGCCACUAAUGUCAUUUUUGGCCUUGCAUUGGGAUACAAAUCCGUCAUUAUUCCUAUUUUUGCCAUUGCAAUUAGCAUUUUUGUUAGUUUUAGCUUUGCAGCUAUGUAUGGGAUUGCUGUAGCUGCCCUUGGAAUGCUGAGCACCAUAGCAACUGGAUUGGCCAUUGAUGCAUAUGGUCCCAUCAGUGACAAUGCUGGAGGAAUUGCUGAGAUGGCCGGCAUGAGCCACAGAAUCAGAGAGAGAACUGAUGCUCUUGAUGCGGCAGGAAACACCACUGCUGCUAUUGGAAAGGGAUUUGCAAUUGGGUCUGCUGCUCUUGUGUCCCUUGCUCUCUUUGGUGCCUUUGUUAGCCGUGCUGGUAUCUCAACAGUUGAUGUGUUGUCUCCAAAAGUGGUUAUUGGUUUGUUAGUGGGCGCAAUGCUUCCUUAUUGGUUCUCUGCCAUGACGAUGAAGAGUGUGGGAAGUGCAGCUCUAAAGAUGGUUGAGGAAGUGCGCAGGCAAUUCAAUACCAUCCCAGGUCUCAUGGAGGGUACUGCCAAGCCUGACUAUGCUACAUGCGUUAAGAUUUCGACAGACGCCUCCAUCAAAGAGAUGAUCCCCCCUGGUGCCCUUGUCAUGCUUACACCCCUCAUUGUUGGGAUCUUUUUUGGUGUGGAAACUCUCUCCGGGGUGCUUGCCGGAUCCCUUGUCUCUGGUGUACAGAUUGCUAUCUCUGCAUCCAACACGGGUGGUGCUUGGGAUAAUGCCAAGAAGUACAUUGAGGCUGGUGCUUCAGAGCAUGCAAGGACGCUUGGUCCAAAAGGAUCAGAUCCCCACAAAGCAGCUGUCAUUGGUGACACCAUUGGAGACCCUCUCAAGGAUACAUCUGGGCCAUCGCUCAACAUUCUUAUCAAGCUCAUGGCUGUCGAGUCGCUUGUGUUUGCUCCGUUCUUCGCUACGCACGGUGGCCUGCUCUUCAAGAUUUAA